AUGGUCGGCCCUGGAAAAGCCCGCAAGCUUGCAAACGCAAAAGCGAAUUUUGCCGCCUCCUUGGCUCAGCUCCAGCCAUUGCCCCCUCCUCCUCCUCCUCCUCCUCCUCCUCCGCCCUCGUCCAACUUCUUGCCUGCCUCGUCCUUCGGCAGUAGCACCACCAGCACCGCCAGCGCCGCCAGCACCGCCAGCACCACCAGCACCUUCGGCUCCUCGGCGUCGUCGGCGCCAUCUCUCGGCGGCUCGUCCGUGUUCUCCGCGUCCUCGGUGUUCUCGUUGGCACCAACCUCCUACGCCGCCGUGGUUGGUAUGGGGGAUCCCAUGGAUCUCACCGCCGACUACGAGUGGUUUGGCGAGGUUGGUAGCCAAGAAGCCGCAUACCACUACCAAUCGAGCAUCUUCCCAGCUCUCUUGGCCGCCGGCAUCGCGCCCGACCCCCCCAUGUGGGCUCUCUGGGCCACGACCCCGGACUUCGCCGGGAGCUUCUUCCUCGCCUGGGUGAUGGAGAGACUGAUCCCCUCUUCACGCCAGCUCGCUCUGGACCUCGCCUUCGCCGCUGCCGCGACCGGCAUCUCGCCGCUUCUCCUCUUCUGCCACCACCGGGAGAUGCUCGAGCAGCAGCAGCAGCAGCAGCAGCAACAACAGCAGCAGCAGCAGCAACAACAACAAGCAGUCGCGGCCUCGGCCCAGUCGUUCUUCGACUUGGCGCGCGCCGCCGUCCCUGCCUCUGCGCCUGCCUUUGCGCCUGCUCCUGCUCCGGGUCCGGUCUCGGUUCUCGACGACUCUGCCGGAAAGAGGAAGAGAUAG